AACACCACCUCCACGACAGCCUCUCGCACGUCUCGAAACCCGCCAACACAGCCAGAAAUGAUGUUCUUUGCGUUUGGGAAUUUGAUAUACAUCUGCAUCCUUCUUGUAAACGCCAUAGCGAUCCUAUCCGAAGAUCGCUUUCUCGCGCGCGUGGGAUGGUCUAACAGCGUGUCCGACCCCGGAUUCGGCGGCUCCAACGAUGCGAGCAUAAAAAGCAAGCUUAUUAACCUGAUGACGAGCGUGAGGACUCUGAUGCGCAUACCUUUGAUUGGCAUUAAUACUGUGAUUAUUGUGUAUGAACUCGCGCUGGGAUAACGUGGUCGAGAUACCGCGGGAAGGGCGU